UCAAACCAUCAUACAUCUUCAUCAAAUAACAAAUCAUGACCACGAUCAGCACAUCAUCUUUUUCUUUUAUGGUUAUUAUGAGGACUAUCUCUAAAGUAGCUAUGAUUUUAUUAUCAAUGAUGAUGUUGCUUUCCUGCACAAUCCACUCUGCUGUUUUAGAGUCUGAUGAAAAUCAUAUAAAGUCAGCUACUUUUUUGUCUGAAACAUUUGAAGUGGGACCAGGAAAAAUUGUGGUGAAAACAUUAUCAGAUAUUGACUUUCCAAGGGGUCACAUUGGGGUCAAGAGUUUUGAUGUUGAAGUAGUUGAUGAAGAUGGUAAUUCAGUACCUUUGUAUGAAACUUACCUUCACCAUUGGUUUGCUGUAAAAUAUAUUGAAAACAUUACCAUGGCAGACUACAUUAAACAAUCUCACGACCUUAGCAAUGGUAUUGAAUUUGAAAGAAACGAUGGUACAUGCCAAGGUUUUUUGCUUCCACAUUAUUGGGGCUUGGGAGGAGAAUCACGAGGAACAUAUUCAAAUCUUCCAGAUCCUUUUGCAGUUGAAUUAGGUAAUCCUGCAAAAAUAAAGAAUGGGUUUAAAGAAAAAUGGUUGUUUAGCAUCAUGGUUAUUGACACACGUGGAACACAUGAUAAAAAAGGUUGUACAGAGUGUAGGUGUAAGCUUAUGAAUCUCCCUAAGGACUUUUACAAUGUCACAAUGGGCAUUGAUGGUCAAUUGUUGUCUAAAAAUUAUAAAGGAGGACUCUUUUGUUGUCAAGAUAACGGACAAUGCAAACUAAGAAAUGGUUAUCGUGGCCCAACAAGAAAGCUUUCCCUAAGAUACAAAAUAAGGUGGGUUGAUUGGGAUGAACACCAAGUGCCUCUUAAGUUCUACAUACUUGAUUCAACUGAUCGUGUAAGAUCAAAUGGUUCUACACCAAUUCAUGAUUGUCAGGCAGAGUAUAAGAUCUCGAGAAAUCAUGACAAUGACUUUCCUCAUGUUAAAAAAGCAAACAUCCCAAUGACAAAAGGUGGUUAUCUUAUAUAUGGCACUGCUCAUAUGCACACUGGUGUUGUCAAUACUACUCUAUAUGGACAGGAUGGAAGGGUUUUAUGCACUUCAAAUCCAAAAUACGGAACUGGAAAAGAAGCAGGAAAUGAAAAGGGUUACCUAGUUGGAAUGUCAGUUUGUUAUCCUAAACCCGGUUCCAUCAAGAUUGAAGAUGGAGAAAUUCUAACAUUGGAAUCCAUAUAUGAAAACAAAUUUCGUACUGGAGCUAUGGGACAUUUCUACAUUUACUUGGCAGACCAAAUACCAAACAAAUAA